ACUAGAUGUUCUUAGUGUAGCUACUCAAGCUACACCUGGUUAAAGGAGGACGUGUGUAAACGUAUUAACUACAGGAAGUGGAAGGAAUGAGGUUAAAAAAAUAGUUGGAAUGGCUUCAGGAGACAUGGUACCUGAACAUGCCAAACUGCAAAAGCAAAAAGAGAAGGAACAUCGUGAGAAGACUUUAGAAGAAGAAUCUGAGGCUGAUGGAAAAUUUGUGUUUGAAGCACAUGAAGCUUGGAAAGAUUUUCAUAGAUCAUUGUGCCGUUUAUAUGAUGUGGGAGAGCUGUGUGACAUAACACUAAAGGUUGGAAACAAGUUAAUACCAUGUCACAAACUAGUUUUGGCUUGUGUGAUUCCAUACUUUAAGGCCAUGUUUUUGUCCGAUAUGGCUGAAGCAAAACAAUCUUUAAUUGAGAUUAAAGACUUUGAUGGCGAUGCAAUCCAAGAUUUGGUAAAGUUUGCCUAUACCUCCAGGAUCACUCUCACUGUGGACAAUGUUCAACCUCUUCUUUAUGCUGCCUGUAUUCUUCAGGUGGAGCUUGUUGCACGAGCCUGUUGUGAGUACAUGAAAGCUCAUUUUCAUCCAUCGAACUGCUUGGCAGUCAGAGCAUUUGCAGAAAGUCACAAUCGCAUUGACUUAAUGGAUAUGGCUGACCGAUAUGCUUGUGAGCACUUUAAUGAGGUUGUAGAAUGUGAGGACUUUCCCUGCAUCUCUCCUCAGCAUCUCCGAAGCCUUCUGUCAUCCAGUGACCUUAGGAUUGAAAAUGAAAAACAAGUUUACAGUGCAGCAAUCAAAUGGCUUAAAGCUAAUCCAGAGCAUCAUGCUGCCUGGUUGGAUGAAAUACUUUGUCAGGUGCGUCUACCACUGUUGCCUGUGGAAUUUCUCAUGGGAACUGUUGCAAGAGAAGAAAUGAUAAAAUUCAACCUAAAAUGCAGGGAUCUUCUAGAUGAAGCUAGAAACUAUCACCUUCAUUUGAGCAACAAAGAAAUCCCAGGCUUUGAAUACUCCAUGCGCACAAUUCCUAGGAAAUACACAGCAGGAGUACUUUUCUGUGUUGGGGGCAGAGGAGGAUCAGGAGACCCUUUUCGUAGUAUUGAGUGCUAUUCUGUUAGCAAGAACAGCUGGUUUUUUGGCCCCGAGAUGAAUAGUAGAAGGAGACACGUGGGAGUUAUCUCUGUUGGAGGUAAGGUGUAUGCAGUUGGAGGUCAUGAUGGCAGUGAGCAUCUUGGCAGUAUGGAAGUGUUUGACCCUCUGACAAACAAGUGGAUGAUGAAGGCUUCAAUGAAUACCAAACGGAGAGGAAUUGCCUUAGCAGCAUUAGGUGGACCUAUUUAUGCGAUUGGUGGCUUGGAUGACAAUUCCUGUUUUAAUGAUGUGGAAAGAUAUGACAUUGAAUCUGAUCGUUGGACUUCUGCAGCCUCGAUGAUUACUCCACGAGGGGGUGUUGGCUCUGUUGCUCUUGGGAAUUAUGUUUAUGCUGUGGGUGGAAAUGAUGGUGUGGCCUCUUUGUCUAGCAUUGAACAAUAUAAUCCUCAUUUAGACAAGUGGAUUGAGUUGAAAGAGAUGGGUCAACGAAGAGCUGGCAAUGGUGUUAGUGAACUUAACGGCUGUUUGUAUGUGGUUGGAGGUUUUGAUGACAACUCACCUUUGAGCUCUGUAGAGCGUUUUGAUCCUCGAACCCAUUGCUGGGAAUAUGUGGCAGAACUAACUACACCUCGAGGAGGGGUUGGUGUUGCAACUCUUAUGGGUAAAAUAUUUGCUGUCGGAGGACAUAAUGGAAACAUCUAUUUAAAUACUGUGGAAGCCUAUGACCCCAUUCUGAACAGGUGGGAAUUGGUAGGAUCAGUUUCACACUGUCGUGCUGGUGCAGGUGUAGCAGUAUGUGGGUGUCAUAUUAGCCAGAUUCGAGAUGUGGGCCAAGGAUCAAGCAAUGUUACAGACUGCAUGUGACCGUGGUCUUACAUAAUUAUAAUGCUUCUGUCUUUGUAUCAGGGAGUACAUUUUGUAGGAUUUUCGUGAUCAGUGUUUACUUUUAUUAGUUGGACUACUGGUGCAGAAAAAUGCACACUGUUAUAUUUGUCAGGUAUCAUUGAGAAAGCAAACUUUAGUAAUUUACAAAUGUUAACAAAUAGUGGUGGCAUUUGGUGUUUUUCACAAUUUCUUGCAUUAGUAGAAUUACUAAAUAUAAUGUAAAAAGCAAUCAGGUUGUUUCUAAAAUAAUUUAUGGAAAUGGUAUUUUUUUAGUGUAUUUCACAUAUUUCGUAAAUUUUGUGCAUUGUAUUUUUUUCCUUUUAGGAUAUAGUCAGAAUCUGUGUUUUGUGUUUUCUAAGAAAAUUAUGAAAAGUAAUUUCCUCCUUGGUGGCGGUGAUUUAAAGUUUACUGUUUGUCUUUUUUUUUUUUUGUAUACUGGUUUUGUUUUCUGGUUAUGUAUUAUAUUGUUUGCUUUUUCCAAUAACAGUACAUUUACCAUGCAAGUUUGACAAUGGUAUUAUUUCAGUAUGUUGUUGAAGUGAUCAUUCAGUAUUUGAUGUAUAAUAUGAUAAUGUUUCUUAAUAUGGAGGCCUUGAAGUUAUUCUUCAUAUUAAGGUUUUUUUUUAUUAAAUAUAAAAAAUUAUUAAAAUAUGUAAUUGCAUAUUAGUUCUGUGAUGUUAUUUCUUGUUUUUAUUUAAGACAAUCAGACUCUUGAAGAUCAAGGGGGUAAAACAAACCAAUCUAUUUUUGUAGUGGUAAUAGUAAAACUAUAAAAUUACUUUUAUAAGCACCCCAUUACUGCAGUUUUUCUUACUGAAGGCAUUAGGUUGGUAUUUAUAUCUAAUAGUCUGAAAACCCACUGAUUUGUUGGUUUUGUUUUGUCUUGUUUUCUUUAAUUUCCUGAACACAAUAUUAUAUUUGUUGCACUUUUACUGAAAGUGGCAUUUAGAGGAAUGGGUCUGUUUCUGUGUGUGUUUUUGCUUGUCAGAGAAACCUAAACAACUACUCAAAAAUCUUUAGGUCACUUUCAAAUCCUGAGGUUAAAAAAUAAGAUGAUGUAUGUUUGGUACAAUGGAAAGCUUUUUCUUUAAACUUGAUACUGUAUAGUGUGUUUUUGUUUUUAUACAUGAUUCUCAUUUGAACACUGAAAUCAAUCCUUUUUUUAACCAGACUUUAUUUAGAAAAGUUUUUCUCUAUUAUUUCUUUGGUAAUUAGGUUUUUUCUGUAUAUUGUUUUUAGUGAUGGGUGGUUUGUAGCUUUAAGUAGUACAGUUGUGGUUUACUUUAUUUGAAAGGAACAUUUAAUGUCAUUGUAUUUAAUUUCAAAAAUGUGCAAAGUUGAUGGUAUUCUGAAGAUAAAGUAACACAAUUCAAAGUGGUGAGUGAUGAUCAUCACCUGUAAACAUUUCACAGAUCUUUUUUUCCCUUCAUCUGACAUUAGUUUGCACUAUAUGUCGUUGCCAAAAUUGUGUCUAAUAAUGCCAUACAAAUCUGAUGCCUAAUUAUAAAAUUUGUUUUUAGAUAUGAUCAAACAAAGCAUUAUUUUUUAUAUGUAUUUGGUCUUAAUAUCCUCUUUUAAUUGAAGCAAGCAGCACCUCAUAUAGUUGAUCUUUUGUUAUUAGAUGAAGCACCAGAUUCAGUAUAAAAAUACUUAUACCUUUAAAUACACUAUAUGGCCAAAGGUUUGUGGACACCUGACCAUCACUCCCAUAUGAAUAUUUUUGAUAUCCCUUUCCAAAACCAUGGACAUGAAUAUGGAAUUGGCAUCCCCUUUGCAGCUAUAAUGGCUUUCCCUCUUCUGGGAAUGCUUUCCAUAAGUUUUUGGAGUGUGCCUACAGGAAUCAGUGACCAUUCAGCUAAAAGAGUAUUUGUGAGGUCAAGUACUGAUGUUGGACAAGAAGACCCGACUUUCAGUUGGCAUUCCAAUACAUCCCAAAGGUGUUCAGUAGGGCUUUCCCCAAACUACCUCCACAAAGUUGAAAGUGCAAAGUGGUCAAAAAUGUCUUUGUAUGCUGUAGCAUUAAUAAUACCCUUCACUGGAACCAAGGAACCUAUCCCAAACUUUCAAGCACAGCCCCAAGUCCAUUAUCCCUCGUCCACCGAAUUUCACUUUAGGCACAAUUGAGAAGGUAGCGUUCUCCUUGCCUCUGCUAAACCCAGCAUUUUUAGUUUUUAUUUAGUUUUAGUUUUUCAACAAUUAAGUUAGCUCUCAUCACAUAUUAUUUGUUUUGUGUUUCUCACUAAAAUUUCCACACAUACACAGUUUUGCAAGUUGACAAAUUAUAUAUCAUUUAUAUUGUACUUGUCAACUUAAUGCAUACAAUUUUACUGUCUGUGACGGAAUUCAAUUUUUUCAGGAUAAUGUGACUUUUCAAGGCUGCCAGUAUAAUCAAAAAAUGCAAGAAUCAAGUAAGUGUAUUCUUAUGUCAUGUAUUACUUUGACAUGCAACAAGUUUAAUUGGUUAUGGUUAUUUAAUUUCAAAAAUACUAUUUUUAUUUUUGAGAUUUUAUGUUUGUAAACAAUAAGGUCUCCUCACACGCAUACUCUUAUAUUUAUUUUUGAUAUCUCCUGAUACUAACUAUAUGUCAUCUACCCAUUUCCGAACUUUGAAAGUGUAUUUCUGUCAAGGAAUUCUUACUUUGCUUAUUGUUUUAGAUACUGCUGAGGUCUCUACUUGAGCUAUGCUAAAUAACAAUAAUAGCAAAAGUAGAGAUGAAAAAUUUUCUGUGUAUAAAAUGUAUAAAACAGUGCCUGAAGUUAGGCAUACUGAAUCAAUGUACACAUGAACUGAACAUGUAAGCUGCAUUCAGACACUGACCAGGUUUGCACUCAGACCUGAAUUCAUGCCAAUGAUUAAUAA